AUGAUGCGAGCGUUAAAGACUGGUAAAUGUAAAUCAAUUAUAGAUAUCCAUUACAUGCCAACAGCAUCAGCAAAGUACAUAUCACCAUUAGACAAUCCAAUUUGGCAUUCAUUUAGGGAACUUGUUCGAAAACAAUAUCUAUUCACAACAGUAGAUCUUCCAUCAAUACAUUCACGAACUUUUUAUUCAUUAUCAAGACAAGAAAUCAGCAAUGCAUAUCGUAAAUGUGCUAUUACAUAUGGAACUGACGUAUAUUAUGAUCAACCGUCUAUAUAA